CACAUUACCCCCAACAAAUUUUAGCCAUUACUAAUACAUUAACAUCAAUCUCCUAUUUCUCCCUCAGAAUUUUAUCUCUCAUAACAUCCUUCUUUUUGGCAGAGAAAUUUAUUGUCACCAAAUGGCAGGGCAGUCAAGAAAAUGGAUGAUACUAGUGGCUACAACAUGGAUACAGGCAUUUACAGGGACAAACUUUGAUUUCUCAUCCUACUCUUCCAAUUUAAAAUCUGUUCUUGGGAUAUCACAGGUCCAGCUAAACUACUUGGCUGUGGCAUCUGAUAUGGGAAAGGCUUUUGGGUGGUGUUCUGGGUGGUCUCUUUUGCAUUUUCCUCUGUGGGUUGUCUUGUUCAUGGCUGCCUUCUUGGGGCUCUUUGGCUAUGGUGUUCAAUGGCUUGUCAUUUCCAAGAUCAUCACUUUGCCUUAUGUUCUGGUAUUUCUCCUAUGCUUGACCGCUGGAUGCAGCAUCUGCUGGUUCAACACAGUUUGCUAUGUUCUAUGCAUAAAAAACUUUUCAACAAACAGAGCAUUAGCAUUAUCCCUCACCAUCAGUUUCAAUGGAGUUAGUGCUGCCAUCUAUACCCUCAUUGCAAAUGCAAUAAACCCUCAAAAUGAUACUCUGUACCUCCUCUUAAAUGCAGCUGUCCCUCUUCUUGUGUCUGUUCUGGCACUGCUCCCCAUCCUACGCCAACCACCUUUGCAGCACCUUGCCACUGAUGCUACGAGCUGGGACUCCUCCAUUUUUCUUGUCCUCAACAUUCUAGCCAUUAUCACUGGCCUAUAUCUGCUCCUCUUGGAUUCAUUAUCCUCUGUUUCGUCAACAGCAUGCUUCCUUCUCGGGGGUGCUAUUCUUCUGUUAGUCCUUCCCUUGUGCUUACCAGGUAUUGUGUGUGCAAGAAACUGGGCUAGGCAGACCAUCCAUGCAAGUUUCCAUUCUGAUGGUUCAAGAUUCAAUUUGGUUGACACUGAUGACCUUGAGCUUGUUAAAGGACUCAUCGGAAGUGAAAACUGUAGUGGCUCAAAUGGCAAUUCCUAUAGGGUGAUGGAGAAGGGGGUUUGUCUUACUUGUUUUGGAAGGGUAAUGGAGAAGGAUAGGUUGACUAUGCUUGGCGAAGAGCACUCAGCUCCAGCACUAGUGCGUAGGUGGGAUUUUUGGAUAUAUUACGUUACAUAUUUCUGUGGAGGGACAAUAGGGCUGGUUUACAGCAAUAAUCUAGGACAGAUUGCUGAGUCUCUUGGAUAUUCAGAACUUAGUUCCCUCGUUACCCUCUACUCAUCAUGCUCAUUCUUUGGUCGCUUGCUUUCAGCUGCCCCAGAUUUCCUGCGUGACAAGGUGUACUUUGCAAGGACUGGGUGGUUAGCAGUUGUAAUUGUGCCAACACCAAUUGCCUUCUUCUUGCUUGUUGCAUCAGGCAGUGAGGAAGCAUUGCAAGCUUGUACAGCUCUGGUUGGACUAAGCUCUGGGUUUGUAUUUUCAGCAGCUGUGUCAAUCACAUCUGAGCUAUUUGGGCCAAAUAGUGCUGGGGUCAACCACAACAUCCUCAUCACCAACAUCCCUAUUGGAUCACUCCUCUAUGGUCUUCUUGCAGCUAUUGUGUAUGAUUCCAAUGCAGGAAGUACCAGCUUGUUGGAGACCCAGUUGGGGAAAGAAAUGGUGUGCAUGGGUAGGCAAUGCUACUUGAAGACCUUCAUAGUCUGGGGUUGCAUAUCACUGGUAGGCCUAGUUUCAAGCUUUUUGCUUUUUCUGAGAACCAGACCUGCAUAUGACCAUUUCAAAAGCAGCCGAAACAGGACACAAUCCUCUUAACUGAGAAAUUUGCCCUUUUGACAGUAGGUUCUGAAUUCUAUAUUUAGCUUUGAAAUGUCCACAGAUGGGAUGCCAAAAUGAACUAGAAAAAGAUCAUAGAAGAAAUUACAAGUAAUAAAAGAUAAUGUGGGCACAAGCCAGCUUGUAGUUAGUGAAGUCACUUGGCAUUGUGUCCAAAGAUCAAAGAUCAAAGAUCAAAUCCCACUCACACCUGGAAUGGGAGGGAUUAAGGUAGAGGGAGGGCUACCCCACUUGUGUAGCUCAGUGUGUUGGCCUAAAUACUGUUCUUGGACUGAGAAAAAAGAAAAA